AAGUCAAUAAAUUUUUAGGUUAGGUCAGCAAAACAUUUAUAUAGAGUUUACUUGGAUUCCAGCACAUGUAGGUAUUAAAGGAAACGAAAAAGUAGAUAAAUUAGCAAAAGAUGCUCUGAAGGCAGAUCAAAUAGAAAUAAAAGUACCAUUAAGCAAGUCAGAAAUUAAAGUUAUUAUUAAAGAUAGUAUAAAUAGAAGGUGGCAGGAUACAUGGGAUCAGGAGAAGAAAGGAAGACAUUUGUACAGCAUUCAAAAAGAAGUAAUAGGUAAAAAAUAUAGUGGGCUGAGUAGGCAGGAAGAAAAUAUGAUCACAAUAUUGAGAAUAGGACACACAAGUUUAAAUGGCUGUUUAAGGAUAAUAGGCAAACACCAAACUGGACUAUGUACACACUGUGGAGAGGUAGAGAAUGUUGAACAUAUUCUCCUGAGAUGUAGAAAAUACUCUGAAAAAAGGAAAGAACUAGAAAGAAUAACAAAUAAUGAACUGUGUUUAAAAAAAUUAAACACAGGAGUAUGUCAGGUGAACAAUCUUUAAUUAAAGCUGUAAUCAUAUAUCUGAAAGAAACUCAACUUGCAAACAAGAUAUAGUAUAGGAAGAAAUCAUAACCCCACUUAGUGUAUAUAAAAGUGUAUUUUUUUUUUCCUCACAUAUGGUAGCGUAAUAUAAUUGUUAUCCAAAUGAGUUCACACCUCAGUCCAGAAGAUGGCGGUAAUGCACGCUGUUUGCAAACUGCCAAUAAAAACUACAGAAGAAGAAGAAGGACUUUUAUUUUGGUCUGGUGGUGUGAUGUCAUAAGGCUGCGACGCAUUCCUGUAUCUGUGAUUCGGCUGAGGAAAGAAAAACUCCUGGUGAAGCAAUCGAGAACCAAGAUGGCGUUCAUUAAAGAGGAGAGUGAAGACAUGAAUGUUGAAGAAACAUUCAGAGUGAGUUAUGAAGAUACUGAAGAACAAACCCAGAUGGCAUUUGUUAAAGAGGAGAGUGAAUGCAUUAGGAUUGAAGAAGUAUUCAGUUUGAAACAAGAAGAGACUGAGGAACAAACAGAUCUAAUGGCGCUGAAAGAGGAGAGGGAAUUACUCAAUGCAGAGAAAGAUCAAUAUGAGAAUCUUCAUGAUUUAAUACCUGGAGAAAAAUCUUUUAAAUGCUCACAAACUGAAAAGACUUCCACACAAAAAAGAGCUCGAAAGUCAGGAACUAGAAGUUAUUUCACUUGCAUUCAUUGUGGAAAAACUUUCAGUCAAAAAGGAAACCUUAAAGCCCACAUGAGAAUUCACACUGAAGAGAAGCCUAAUGGAUCCCCUCAAUGUGGAAAGAGUUUCAAUCAAGAUGGAAGCCUUAAAGUUCAUAUGAGAGUUCACACUGGAGAGAAGCCUUACACAUGCCCUCAGUGUGGAAGGAGUUUUAAUAAUCAUGGAAACCUUAUAGUGCACAUGAGAAUUCACACUAAUGAUAAGCCUUACACCUGCCAACACUGUGAAAAAUGUUUCAUCAGAAAAGGACACCUUAAUUACCACAUGAAAGUUCACACUGGAGAGAACCUGUUCACUUGCCAACAGUGUGGAAAGUGUGUCAGUCAUAAAUCAAGCCUUAAGAGGCACAUGAACGUUCACAUUGGCAAGAGCUCUUUCACUUGUCAACAGUGUGGAAAGAGUUUCAGGCAUAAAUCAAGCCUUAAAAUGCACAUGAGUAUUCACACUGGAGAGAGCUUUAUAACUUGCCAACGGUGUGGAAAGAGUUUCCGUCGAAAAUCUAGCCUUAACAGGCACAUGAAAAUUCACAUUGGAGUGAGAGCUUUCGCUUGUCAACAGUGUGGAAAGAGUUUCACUCAAAAAACAGGCCUUAAGAGGCACAUGAAUGUUCACACUGGAGAGAGCCAUUUCACUUGCCAACAGUGUGGAAUAAGUUUCACUCAAAAAGGAAGCCUGAACAGGCACAUGAGAAUUCACAAUGGAGAACAGCCUUACACAUGCUUUCAGUGUGGAAAGAGUUUCGAUCGUCAAGGAAACCUUAAGCUCCACAUGAGACUUCACACUGGAGAGAAGCCUUACACAUGCACAAAGUGUGGAAAGAGUUUCACUCAAAAAACACAUCUUGAAUUCCACACAAGGAUUCACUCGAAGGAGAACUUUUAAAUGUGACUAAGGUGGAAUGAGUUUUACAGACAAGAAACACCUAAUGUAAUAACAACGGAGAGAAGCCUUUCAUGUGUAAAACUUGUAAAUCUUGAGGUUCACAUAAACUGGAUAAUGGCACUGUUGUAUUCUGUAGAGCUGCUGUAUAGCUGAGUCACAUCUUACAACAUCAACACUGGUAUCUGAACUUAAUCAACAAUAAACUGAAUAACUACA